AUGUCGGCACUGUCUUCCCAGCCUCGCUACAUUUACAAGAUCGUUCCCUCAACUUCGCCAGUGCGCGAACCAAUCCCUGAGAAGCUUGCAGUGAGUGAUUUGGAUGAAGGCUCCGGCUUUAUCCAUCUCUCAACCGCGCACCAAGUAGCAAAUACUCUGAAAACCUUCUUCGCCGAAGAGCCCCUGGUGUACGUGCUACGAAUCGAGUAUCACCGUGUUAUCCAGGACAUCAAGUGGGAGUCUCCCGACCGAAGGGUGACCGGCCCUCGUCCUGGGGAAGGACUUUUCCCUCACCUAUACAACGGGCUCAGGUUGGGCAGAGAGGAAGUGGAGAGUGUGGCAAUUUGGCAAAAUGACGAAGGAUGGGACAAAGCCCUUACUGGUGCGAAGCCGUGGCUUCUGAACUAA